CUCUUGCCUUCCCUCUCUGAAUCCUUCUGCUCUCGCUUUCUCUCGCCGUGAGACUUUCUGGAGGACUUUUUCUAGCUUGGAGUGCCUGUCAAGCAGUGAGAAGAAGCUCUCAGGGAGAGACGGAAGACAGAUAAGGUGGACAGACUGACAGACACACAAGUCUAGAGUAGCAGCGUCAGCAUGCGGCGUGUGAGCUUCCUCUCAGUGUGGACCUACCUGCUGGUCCUCGGCCCGGUGGUAUGGGGCGCCCCCAGCCAGUGCCCGGCCCAGUGUCACUGCCACGGGGACCUGCAGCAUGUAAUCUGUGACAACGUGGGGCUAAAGAAUAUCCCGCAGGUGUCCGAGGCCACCCGUCUGCUCAACCUGCAGAGGAACAACCUGGGCAGCCUGCCCACCGGCUCCUUCGCCAGCAGCAAGGGUCUCAUCUCGUUGCACAUGCAGCACUGCCAGCUCCGCGAGAUCGGCGGCCAGGCCUUCAAGGGCCUCAAGAAGCUCAUCUACCUCUACCUGUCCAACAACGAGAUCACCAGCAUCAAGCCGGGCGCCUUCGAGGACCUCACCGAGCUCACCUACCUCUACCUGGACGGCAACCGCAUCAGCGACCUACCCAAGGGCAUCUUCUCGCCCAUGAUCAACCUGUUCAUCCUGCAGCUCAACGAUAACAAGCUGCGCGACAUCAAGCCAGGCACCUUCGCCGGAGCCAAGGACCUGCGCUGGCUGCACAUGAGUGGCAAUGAGAUGAGCUCGCUGCAGCCAGGCUCUCUGGACGACGUGGAGAACCUGGCCAUCCUGCACCUGGACAGGAACAGGCUGUCCACCUACCCCGGCCUGGCCAUGAGCAAGCUGAGAGUGGUGGAGGAACUGAGCCUGGCCAAGAACCCCCUGAGAAGCAUCCCUGACAACGCCUUCCAGAGCUUUGGACGCUACAUGGAGAAGCUGUACCUGGACGGCAUGGGGCUGGAGAAGUUUUCUGACGGUGCGUUCAACGGCAUGAGGGCCAUCAAGUCUCUGCACCUGGAAAACAACAAGCUCAAGUCCCUCCCCAAGAGCCUGGAGUUCACCACCAUCACCAACCUCACGCUCUCCAACAACCCCUGGAGCUGCACCUGCAUGCUAGCCCCUCUGCGCAAGUGGAUGGACUCUAGCCGCCAGCGCCCUGAUGCGCUCUGUGCCUCUCCAUCCUCACAGAGAGGAAAGCAGAUCAGGGAUAGCUCCGCCUUCAGCGACUGCACAGUUAAGACAAAGAGAGCCAAGAAGGGCACACGCCAUUAAAACAGGGGACGCUGCCUGAGGGGAAAGGCCUGUCCAGGUGACAGGCUCGGUACGUGUGCAGAGAAAGAAAGAAAGCAACGCUAACUGCUACUUAAAGACUGUCCAUCUCACUAUCUGCCAAAUAUCAAUGUCACAUGUACACACCUGGAGUGAUACAUGACACAAAUACAUCCCCCUUUCUUUUCAACGGCUGAAGAAUUUGUCAAGCAUCCCACAACCAACAUUCAGACAAGCAGCCAUGUUGACUCUCCUCCUCUCGCUCUCCCUAACGCCAGCUUUACACCCUCCUCUCUCAGGACCCCAUCACUUGCUGCCAAAGAAAUGGCCUGCAUCAUCCCCCAAGCCCCCCCUAAUAACCUUCCAAAUGGAAUGUUCCAGGCCAGGUCUCCCUUUAUUUAAUGUGGGUCACUCGGUUGGUCAUGUCUCGCUGUCUUGCUUCUCCUGUGAGAAAUUCUGUCAGACUGAGAAAACAUCCUGAAAGGACUGUGACCGUAAAACGGACAUUGACGUAGUGUGACUUGACCUGACUCCUCUCAAAACUCUGAUCAAAGGUAGUCCUGUGUAGCUCAGUUGAUAGAGCAUGGCGCUUGCAACGCCAGGGUUGUGUGUUCGAUUCCCACGGGGGGC